UCACACUAUACAUAAGAAGCUUCUUCUCAGUGUGGUCAUCAUGUGUGCUCUGGCAUCUAUAAUGAACCUGACGAGCAAUGAAGGUAACCUGGAAUUUUUGCUUUACUUCAAGAGGAAUUUUGGUCAAGAUUCCAUCAUAUCGGCGCAAAGCUGGUGGAUGCUCUUCCUCCCCAUGGAGCUCCUUGCCUUCGGGCUCCACUGGCAGUUCAUGUGGAUCACGUUUCUUCACCACUUGGUGGCGGAGUUCGUGCCAGCAGUGAUGAUCGUAAUUUGGUUGGGCAUCUACGUCGCAUCGGUCUCGGGGAUGAUCCGAAAUGCACCAGGCUGCGAAAAGCUUGAAUUAGAUUUUCUUGUCAUCGUGGCCCUGUUCUCACUCCCUUGGACCUGGCGCGGUAAGCCACCUACAGCAGGCCUCCGACGUAUUCUGCAAAGGUUGCCCUGGGGAGCUGUCAUCACGUAUGGAAGCACCUUCACGCUCUCUUUCAUCGUCAAGAGCAGCAAGUUUGCAGCCUGGCUGAGAGACCAUCUAAUAAGUCUUCAGGCUCACAGCAGACUUUUGUCGCAAGCAUCUCUAACCGUGUGUGCGGCCUUCAUGACUGAAUUGCUCAGCAGCCGCCAUACUGUGGGAAUCCUGUUGCCCGUGGCGACUGAAGCCGCCUUGGUGCGACCCUGCAACCCCCUGUACUACGCACUUCCGGUCACCGUGGCGGCUUCGAGCUCCGUGGUGUUUCCAACGGCGCGCAUCACUAUCGCAUUGCUGAGUGAGCUCACCGACAUGGGACCACUGUCUAUGCUGCUGUAUGGGAUUCUGUUGAAGGCGUUAAUUGUCACCUGUGCCUUGAUCAGCGUGGACACUUUAGGCCAUCAGGUGUUCAACUGGUCAGCACUGCCGGCCUGGAUGCUCUCGCACCAACUCAACACGUCUGGCCCCUGGCUGGCGAGGCCUUCGACACCACAUUAUGUUCAGCAGCUCGGCCCACCUGUUCUCUGAUCGCGUUAUGUAGCGUUAUAUGUGGUUUCUUAUCAUCAAUAAGAAAUCACGCUGUGUAGCCUAAUCUGCGCACUUAAAUUAUUAUGACAUUACGCGAGACUUCGAAGCCGCCGUGGUUGCUUAGUGGCUCUGGUGUUGGGCUGCUAAGCACGAGGUUGCGGGAUCAAGUACCGACCACGGCGGCCGCAUUUCGCCCCCAUCGAAAUGCCAAAACACCCGUGUACUUAGAUUUAGGUGCACGUUAAAGAACCCCAGGUGGUCCAAAUUAUUCCGGAGUCCCCCACUACGGCGUGCCUCGUAAUGAGAUCGUGGUUUUGGCACGUAAAACCCCAUAAU